UUAUACAGUUUAUUUUAAUUUAUGAACUAACUGUAUUUUCGGAAAAUGGCUGCGCCCAUAAGGAAAUGGUUUCGUUUUUAGAUUUUUCAAGAAAUUUUAGAUUUAAACUGAAACCAUGAGUAACAUCUACAUCCAGGAGCCACCUACUAAUGGAAAGGUUCUCCUUGUAACAACUGUAGGGGAUAUAGAUAUUGAGCUGUGGUCAAAGGAGGCACCAAAAGCUGCACGGAACUUUGUUCAGCUAUGUAUGGAAGGCUACUAUGAUGGUACUAUAUUCCACAGAGUGAUACGAGAUUUCAUUGUUCAGGGAGGUGAUCCUACAGGUUCUGGUCAUGGCGGAGAGAGUAUAUAUGGCAAGCCAUUCAAGGAUGAGUUCCAUCAACGGCUUAGAUUUGUCCGCAGAGGAUUGGUUGCCAUGGCAAAUGCUGGGCCCAAUGAUAAUGGGAGCCAGUUUUUCUUUACAAUGGGUUCGACUCCUGAGUUGAUGAAUAAACAUACUAUUUUUGGAAAGGUAUCUGGUAACACAGUCUACAAUAUGCUUAAGCUGCAGGAGUGUGAGACUGGUCCAGAGGACAGACCUGUUUAUCCAAAUAAAAUUCUUAAAACACAGGUUUUAGCAAACCCAUAUGAUGACAUUGUUCCAAGAGUGGUAAAAAGAUCCAAGAAAGAUGGUGACUUAGAAAAGAAAUCAAGGAGCAAAUCAAAGGCAACAAAGAAUUUUAAGUUGCUGUCAUUUGGAGAAGAGGCAGAAGAAGAUGAGGAACAAGUUACCAAAGUUUCUGAGGGUUGGAAAGGUAAAGGCAAGAGCAGUCAUGAGCUGACCAAUGAUCCACGACUGAGUUCAGUACCAGCUGUAGAUAUCAGCCCUGAAAAAACAGAGAAGCGGAAAGCUGAUUCCUCAGACAUUGAUUCAGAAGAGGAAAAGGAGAAAGAGGAAAGGAGAGAAAGUAUAAAAAAGAAAUUAAAGAAAGAACCUCCAGAGAAAAACAUUAAUGUAAAACAAAAUAAACAUUCACCAGACAGUGUAUCAAACAAGCAGCCAGCGACAGUUCAGUCCGAGCCAGCAGUCAAAGCAGCAGCACCAAGAAAAAGUAGUCCUCCCACUAGCAAACCUACACCAACAAGCAAGACAAUUCCAGUAGAGAAACCAUCUAACAGAAGUGAAGAGCUAAAACAGGAAGCAAGGACAUUAAAGAGGGAAAUUCGUGAAUCAAAGAAGAGAGAACAGCAGAGAAAGAUGGAAGUGAAAGAAGAAGUUGUGGAGGAAGAGCCACAGCCAGUCAGUAAUGACCCGUUAGCGGAUUUUAAACGUGAACGCCUAAAGUACAAGGCAUUGAGAAAGGAGCAGGGUAAGAAAGGAUUGAACAGAGAGGAAAUAACAUUAUCUAUACUGAACAAGUUUAAGACUAAGUUAGAAGGCUCACGAAAACUGGCAGGCAGGUACUCGGACGAUGAAGAUAAAGAUGAGGAUCUGGAAGAUGAUGCGACAGAUUUAUCUUGGAUGCAUCAUAAGUUACAGUUUGAGGAGGAAGGAAAGAAGAAAGUGCUAGAUGCCAAUAUUCACGAUGUAGAUAGAUACGAGAUCCAUGAUCCACGUAACCCACUUACCAAACGACGCAGAGAGGAAAGUAAACAAAAAAUGAAAGACAGAAGAUAACUGGAUGCCUCAAUCAUUUUAGAAAUAAACAGUGCUAGCUCCUGAAUUUUGUUAACAGGAAGUGUUUGCCUGUAUUACAGAUGAUGGGUUAAAGACAAUAGAAUCUCUAAUGUGACCAUUACAUUUGUAAUACAGGGGAUUAUAGAGGUUUACUUUACAUUAGCAGAUUUCAUAUUUAUAAACUAUCCGGAGUUGUCUGUGACCUCCACCAUUAAAGCUGGAAAGUCGCCAUAUGACCUAUCCUGUGUCGGUGCGACGUUAAAUCCAAAAAAAAAAAAAAAAAAAAGAAUUGUUCAGGAAAAUUAAAGUGAUGAACUCUUGCAAAUUCAGUAGAGUUGAAACUGAAUCAGCAGUCUUCUGUUUAAUUUGACUUUUGCCUGACUGUUGUUGACUUUUGUAUUAAAGUCAACCGAAGUAAGUAAAUAUUAUGGUUUGAUUUUUGGGAGCAUGGAAUCAAACUUAGCAGCAAUCCUCAAGAAAUGUUGCACAAAUGAUACUGCUAUAGUUACUCUAGGGCAAAAGACCAAGAGCUUAUUUGGAACAUGAAUCUUGUUUCUGUCAGUAGUUUUCUGCUUCCUUUAAUUGUUAUACUGAAAAAAAACAAUACCAAAAUAUACUGAUAUAUUACAUGCUGUUACAGUCAAUUUCAUACAAGAUUGUAAAAGGAAGAAAAUAGUCUUUUUUAUCAUUGCAGUGAUGUUUUUAGAUUCCAUAAUUUAUAUUGCAUCAGAUUGAAGUAUCUGUAUGUGCCAUGCAUGUUAUAGGUAUAGAAAUAGAUUUUAGAGUACCUUCUGUAUAAAUUGAGAUUAAAGAAAAAUUAGUUAUCGAGCACACACUCGUUAAAAACAGUGAUUUUCAUCAAAUUUUUCGCUAUUUAUAUGACAGAAUAUUUCCUUUAAAUUUCAAAAGGAAAAUAUGACCUUCAUUAGAGGAAAUUCUAACAAUUUUUGUAGAAAUUAAAUUUGCUAGAAGAAACGGUAGUUACCAUUUUAGUCAGAUGUACAAUGCUUUUUACUUAAGUUUGUUGUUAGAGAAAAUAGUAUAUAGAUACAUGUGUAAUAAAUGGAACAUUUUAUUGAAACACA